AUGACACGGCAGCUCCUCAGAGGUGAACUAUUUAUCCGUCCGUGUCCAAAAAUAACCAAACCAGCCCAAGUGGGAACUUUCGGAGAAAAAAAAAAAAAUGGCACACGGAGACAACCACAAGACAAGGAAAAGAAGCAAAAGGAGGAGCAGAGAGAGAGCAGAGAGAGCAACGGCCAGCGUGCAUGCAAGGCAUCUUUGCAGCCUCCUUUUGCCGGCCGUCGCAUCCGUCCUUCUCCUCCUCGUUCUCUUCCGUCUUUCUCCAGCAGCAAUAGCAGCGUCUUCUAUGGCCGGAGUCAACGUGCAUGCAUGAAGCGAAUGAUAGAAGCCCACUCUCGCUCCCCUAGCUCAUCAUCUCCAUCGGCAUCACCAUCACCACCAUCACCAUCACCAUCAUCAUCAUCAAUGCACAUGGCCGAUGCGAUGUCUUGUCGGCGUCUGAUUGGGGCGAAGCAUCUUCUCUCCCCUGUCCAGGACCGCCCCCCUUUUCCCCCUAAGCACCGACGCCGACGACGACCAAGACAUCAUCAUCUCGACGGCAUCUCGAAAGAGCCUCAGAAGGAUGGGACUCGCUUUCCUUUUCUUUUUCCUUCUUCUUCCUUCUUCUUCUUCUUCUUCCUCCUAGGCGGAGUGAUAUACUACAUGGCCAGCAGCAUGAAAGAAAAGCAAAGAGAGAGAGAGAGAGAGAGAGAGAGAAGAGAAAAGGAAGAAGAAGAAGAAAAAGAAAAGAAGCACAACGUGCCUGUCCCUGGCCGGGCUGGCUGUUCGACUGGACAGGAUAAGAUUAAAGCCUCAUCGCAGGAGUCUUGGAGAGCCUGUUCGCAUCGCCAGACGGGCGACCUGAGAGACUUGAUAGGAGAGGCAGGACGGAGUAAACGAGAGAUAUCCCCCUGA